AUGACGGUCGUCAAGAUCAAGUACGGAUCAGACAUCCGUAAGAGCGCCGUCCACAACAAUGACCUGACGCUGAACGAUCUGCUCUUGAUGGCCCAGCGCAUCUUCAACAUUUCUCCACAGGAGCCCUUCACGUUGAAGUACAAAGAUUCAGAUGGUGACCUUAUUACGUUGGCUGAGGAUUCUGACCUUCGUCUGGCAUUGGACAGCAACUCUAGCGACACCUUGAGCGUUUUCGUCAACGGCGACAAUGCCGCCGCUGAAACUUUGAAGGCUCAGUUCUCUCAACUGCAGUCCGAUUUCGAGAGGCUCCUAAAUGCCAUCAAUUCCGCCGAAGUGCGUCACAACGCUUCGCACCCGGAGCCAACUCAGCCGUUGAAAGUGAAUGGCGGCCACGGAUAUGGGCACCAGCACGCUUCACCGGAACCAUCCCCUGCCCCGGAGAUCGCGCCGCCAGCCACCAUUCAGGCCACCUACAAUGAGAAGAGCCUCAACAAUUUCCAGCAUAACCACAACGAGUCGCUCUCGGCGAUUGAAGACGAGAUCCCGCUCGGCGCGGAGGCUGCCUCUGUUGCAUCAUCGCAUCAUGUUUCCCACAUGAACGUCUCUUCCAUUGUGUCUCCGCACGGUGAACCCCCGGCGCAGUACCAGCAACAGCAGCAAACCUUCUCUCCACCGGCCAGCGUUCCGUCAUAUCCGCCGCAGUCGAUGGGCCAUCCGCCGGCUGCCUACCCGGAACCCACGCCUCCUGCUCCGCAGCAGUACAACAACAACCCGCAAUAUGGUCAGCAGGCGCCUCCCCCUCCGGUCCCCGGCUUCCCGCCGUCUGGCGGCCCGCCCAGCAAUACUCCAUUCGCUCCGGUGCCUCAGUACGGAGGUCAGCCACCAAACACCCCGGCGAGCAACGCACCGCCUGCCGGCAACCCUCCGUUCAGUGGACCACCCACUAACUUCGGACAGGCCCCGCAACAGCAGGUGCCACCGCCUCCUGGCCCGCCUCAGCAAUUCGGUCAGCCCGGUCAGCCGUUGGGCGGUUAUCCGGGUGCGCAGCCUGGCUACCAGCCGAUGGGCUUCCCGUCGUCUCAGGCCCCUCCCGUGCCCGAGCCAUCUCACCAGUACGGUGCGCCGCCGUCGUUCCCCGGAGGUCAUGGUGCUCCACCGCCGUCGGCCUUCCCGCCGGGCAGCCAAGGCCCUCCUAUGGGUGGCCCUCCGAUGAUGCCUCCUUCCGGGAUGCCGCCUGGAGCCAACCCAUUCGCCCGCGGCCCAGCUCCUCCCACCGGUUAUCGCCAAUCUCCAUAUCAUCAG